UGCAACAUAUAUAUGUAGUGGCUGCAGCUGCCGUCGCUUAAUUAGAAUGAGCCUCGAGCACAACAAGAUGAUGAUCACUCUCGUGCGGUUGCUGCCGCUCGUCCUCGUCGUGGCAUUGGCGUGGCCUGCGGCUGAGGCGCCGGCCGCCGCGAGCCCCCCACCGGACCCGGUGCAGUGCUCGUCCGGCAGCGGCACGGCCGACUGCACCGUGUCGAGCGCGUACGGCGUCUUCCCGGACCGGUCGACGUGCCGCGCGGCCGCCGCCGUGUAUCCUUCUACGGAGGAGGAGCUGGUCCGGGCCGUGGCCAACGCGACAGCGUCCGGGACCAAGAUGAAGGUGGCCACCAGGUACUCCCACAGCAUCCCGCAGCUGGCCUGCCCCGGCGACGGCGACGGCGAGGGCCUCGUCAUCAGCACUAGGCGGCUCAACCGCGUGGUGGCCGUCGACGCCGGCAGGAUGGAGGUGACGGUGGAGAGCGGCAUAUCGCUGCGGGAGCUCAUCGCCGAGGCGGGCAAGGCCGGGAUGGCGCUGCCGUACGCGCCCUACUGGUGGGGGCUCACCGUGGGCGGCAUGCUCGGCACGGGCGCGCACGGCAGCUCGCUGUGGGGGAAAGGCAGCGCCGUGCACGAGUACGUGGUCGGGAUGCGCAUCGUCACGCCGGCGCCCGCCGCCGACGGGUACGCCAAGGUGCGGGUGCUCACCGCGGCCGACCCGGAGCUUGACGCCGCCAAGGUCUCCCUAGGCGUCCUAGGAGUCAUUUCUCAGGUGACUCUGGCGCUGCAACCUCUGUUCAAGCGUUCUGUGACGUUCAUGGAGCGCGACGACGACGACCUGGCGGACCAGGUGACCAAGUUCGGCUACCAGCACGAGUUCGCCGACAUCGCCUGGUACCCGGGCAUCGGGCGAGCGGUGUACCGCGUGGACGACCGGCUGCCGAUGAACGCCUCCGGCGAGGGCGUCCUCGACUUCAUCGGCUUCCGUGCCACGCCGAGACUUCUGAUCCGUACUAACCGCCUCGCGGAGGAGCUGUUCGAGCGCGCGGGCAACGGCAACGGCAAGUGCGUGACGUCAAGGGUCACCCACGCGGCGCUCUCGUCGGCCGGGUACGGGCUGAUGCGGCGGAGCGGCGGGCUGUUCACCGGGUACCCGGUGGUGGGCCCGCAGCACCUGAUGCAGGCGUCCGGCGGCUGCAUCACCGGGCCGGAGGACGCGCUCCUGACGGCGUGCCCGUGGGACCCCCGGGUGAGGGGCUCCAGCUUCUUCCACCAGACCACCUUCAGCCUGCCGGUGAGCCGUGCCGGGGCGUUCGUCGAGGAGGUCCGGCGGCUCCGUGACAUGAACCCCAAAGCGCUCUGCGGUGUGGAGCUCUACGACGGAAUCCUGAUCCGCUACGUCAAGGCGUCGACCGCGCACCUCGGGAAACCGGCGGCAGGAGGCGGCCAGUCGGACGACAUGGUGGACUUCGACAUGACGUACUACCGCAGCCGCGACCCCAACAGGGCGCGGCUGUUCGAGGAUGUCCUGGAGGAGAUCGAGCAGAUGGGGGUGUUCAAGUACGGCGGCCUGCCGCACUGGGGCAAGAACCGCAACCUCGCCUUCGUCGGCGCCGCCCGUAAGUACCCGCGCAUCGGCGAGUUCCUCCGCAUCAAGGACGCCUAUGACCCCGACGGCCUCUUCUCCAGCGACUGGAGCGACAUGAUGCUUGGCAUUGGCGGCCGUGCGCCGACCAGGGACGCGCCGGGUUGCGCGCUGGAGGGGAUGUGUGUGUGCUCGCAGGACGCGCACUGCGCGCCGGAGCAAGGUUAUGUGUGUCGCCCCGGCAAGGUGUACAAGGAUGCCAGGGUCUGCACCAAGGUGUAGUCCAUGUAGUUUGAUCACGUCGGACACACGCUUCAGUGAAUUCUUAUGGCGAUUAGUUACCGAGCAUUCGACAGUAAAAGCAACUGAAGAAAGGGUGAUUCUAAUGUGCUGGCAAAUCACAAUUCAGUCAAUUUGCUAUGGUGCACAGAUAGAUUUGCAGGUGUUCAGUCUACUACACCUGAACUAUGUUUAACUGAUGUUUUCACCUGCUUGUUGCUACAUAGAUGCUUUAAUAUAAAACAUAUGUUUCCUAUUUUCAUAAGUAAUACUGUGAUCAGCAAUUGUUGUACAGAACCAGAGUUCACUGAAAUAAAAGGCUAGUGCAAAAGGAAGCAGAAGUAGCUGAAUGAAUCAAUCCACCAAUUGUACUGAACAUGUCAAAGACCACACGAUGAUGAGAAGGCAAGGGGGAAACUCAGUAAAAAAUGAUGUAACAGGAGGAAAUAAGGGUACUUACCGAUUAAAUUAUGUGGUAAUGCUACAAUUAUCUAUACUAAUAUAAAAAGGAGUUGUACCUCCCAAUCCUAUCUGCCAAAUCAUCCCAUCUCAUCUCAUCUAUCGAUCAGCCAGGUGACAUCAUCUCAUCCGUCAGUCCACUAGGUGAAAUCAUCUUUUCAUCCGAUGGCUCCAAAUGGUUACGAGCAGGCGAUCCUACCGUGAAAUCACGUAACCUCGACGCACCCCACCACCGCGAAAUCCGCCCCGUGUUUACACCGCUGCCGCGCCGCGCUAUCCCCGGACGCCGAACACCUCCUCGCAUGGGGCAUCCUCCCGCUGCGCAAACACCGCAGCUCCAUCACUGGCCGCUAUUUCCUCCCCAAAUCGCGUUCCUAGCUUUGUACCGUGCCCAGACAACCCACCAAUCUGCCAUGCCGUUUCCUCCGUCCCAGCGCGAAGGAGAGCUCGCGACUCACGAGAGGAGUCGUCCGCUCAGCUGCGCCCCGGUUGCCGCCGCCUCCGCAUCGCUAUGGAACUCGCCGGUGGCGCAGCGAGCCACUUGAGGGUGGGUUACCAUCGUCGCUGCCCGCAACCAACGCCGUCGCCCUGCCCACAGGACCACAACACCAUGCCUCCGCCGACGCCGCAACCAGAUCGACUAGUCAAGCAUCCCCCGUGCCGAUGAAAUCCCCAGUCAAGCCAGAUCGACGACCGGAUCCGAUGCACCGGCCAGAAGAAUGGGCUGCUCAGUUGUAGGUGAGUUAAACUUUGCCAUCUUCCUUUCACUCAAUUUGUUGUUUUGUCUACCAUGAUUGUUUCGCACGAAACUGAAGUGAAAGAAUUUGUGGAUGAAAAGAAAGUUCAGAAUUGCAUGUCA